AAAUCAAAUUCAGGGAUUAUUUGUCUAAAAUUUUGAUGAAUGGAUUUAUUCUGAUUCUAGGUCUUUUUUUAAUGGAGUAGGCUCAUGUGGAAUCUUCUUUUGAGGAACGGGAAUGCCUGUAGAAUUUCAAUUCACAUUGCUACAAAGCUGCGCUUUAUUUCUUGUGCCAGAUGAAAAUGCAGAACGAUUUCAAGGAGUUGGCCCAGGUUGACUUGGACAUUGAAGGAAAGCUGUACGUGGUCGAUUCGAUAAAUAACUUGCACAAAGCAAAUGCUUGCCAAGACCCGAGCAAUGCAUUUUCAAAAUAUGGCGGGGGUCCUGCAGAAGCCGAAACAGUCAGCACAGAAGAAGCGCAGAACAGCAACAGAAAAGCGACGUCUGAUGCUGCCAAAUCUCCUGGGAUUAGUCCUGAACCUUGUUUCCAUCGUUUGAGGAAACGCAUGCUCCCAUGUGUGAUGACCGUGCUGCUGCUGGUGAGCUUUGGGCUGGGAGCGCUUGCCAUCUAUCUUAUCGUCCGGAUGGAAAACCAGUUGGAUUACAUCUUGAACAAAGUGGAUUCUGAAGAGAAAAACAUUGAGAAAAUCAAGCUGCUGAUGCUGAACCACUUAAAUCUUUCUGAAGAGACAACAGCAACUGAAGGUACCUCUCCAGCCGCUGCCCUGCGCCCAUGAGUCCAAGGAGCAUGUGAUGGCAGGGCAUCGUCAUGCUUAUGUGGACAGCUGAACUGCUGCAUAUCUUCCAAAAGCAUCAAAGGAUUUCCUGAUGUCAUGAGGAAGCUUACAUUUGUGCUUUAUGCAGUCUUCUUCCACGUUGUCUGGCGUUGCACUGAUCGGACAUCAGUCCAGCAAACACAGCCACUUGUGAUGUAAGUGGAUCUUAUUUGGUGCAAAAAAUUUUAUGGGAGGCAUUUUGUGAUUGGACGGCUGUCUGCAGUGAAUAUCAUAACGCCUCAGCACAAGCUGUCUUCGUCCCAUUAAACAGCUGCACUCCAAAGUGUGUUGUCACUGAAAUGCCUGAACCCGAAACUCUCGGAACAGUCGCUGGCCAGUGGUGAGCCCCCGGGGAUGGUAUUGGGUCUUGCAAAUGGAGACUGGCAGGUGGAGCAAACAGUAAAUCUGUGACUGUAAGUUGGUGAGACAGCUGAGUUGCAUUUGAAUGGAAGUGGCUGUAUCGCAAUGCGUAGUGAUCAUCACUCUGUUGCAUUGCCUGAUUGCAAUGUGUUGGUGAUGGGAGUUUUUUCCUCUUUGAUAUUCUUUAAACUCAAUACGUUCAUUUUUUUUUCAUUUGGAAUUUCAUGAGUUAAUCAUGGCAAGAAAUCUCCCCUGUUAUUUCUGUUGCUCUAUUCCACAGUGCGAUUGUUUUCAUGCUGCACAAAGGAGUUACAUUAAAUGCUCCCUUGGUUUGAAUUAGGAAUGGAUAAACAUGUAUUUAUGUAUUGGAAUGCUGAAUAUUAAUAAUCCUUGCCUUGGAUCUUGCACAUUUCCUCAUGGGAAGAUGUCUCAAAGUGCUUCACAGGGUUUCCAGUAAAGUGUGAUUGUAUUUUGCGGCAAAUAUGG